AUGGCGAAUGGCAAAAUGGGAGGGUUGCUGAAUUUGCUUCUGGAGGUGCCUUUGGAUGACGAUAGCUUGGUUAGCCAGAUGGUGUUUAACUCUCUGCAGGAACUGGGUUGUGUGGAUACGGAGGGUGUCCUGACAUUCCUUCGCAAAUACCUCACCCACCACCGUCGCCUGCCACUUGCAUGUCGCACGGCUUUGUUGAAGGUGAUGGCGCAGAUGGUGAAUGACAACAUUGAUAAUUUGGGCCGUGCAGUCGCCAAAAAGCUCAUUACCUUGGCUUCUAUUGAAAUGACCAAAUGUAGGGAUGUGACCGAUGAGCAUCAAGAGAUGGCAACCAGGCUCCUGCUUAAUGUGGGCCAUUGGUUUACCAAGGAGGCAUUUGAUGAACUUCUGCCAUUGUUUCAGCUGAAGUCGGAUCCCUUUUUCUUUGUGGUGCUGGCAUUGGCUAAUCUUUGCAAAGAGCACGUACAUUACAUGGUCCCCUUACUGAGACCUGUUCUCCGAACCACAGUCUCUUUGCUUCCUGCAGUAGUGGAAGAGAAAACCAAAUGGGUGUUCUGCUUUGCCUUGGGAAUUUUUAGCGAGAGCAUCCUUGCGUACUUGUAUGAUAUAGAGGAAGCCCCAGACCCUACAGUGAAGAAGAAUUUAUUUUUCCUGGAGUUCUCUGCUGCUUUUGACAUUUUGUUCAAUACAUGGCUGCCUUUGAAUGAAUGCAAUAUCAGCACAGCAGUGAUCGAGACGUUAGGGCAGAUUACCCACCUUGUCCCCUUUGACAAAUUGGAGAAUGAACUGCCGAGGUUAAUUCCCAAAAUCCUGACCAUGUACCAGGGAACCUCCAGCGACUUUUGCAUCACCCAGGGUCUGUAUGGUGUUCUGCACACUGCCGUUGAGAGAAAUAGUGAAGAACUUGCUAUGCAGAUCGACAGCCUGCUUAGCAGUUUACACAAACAGAUCUGCAUUGCACUCUGGCAACCCAAUGAUGAUUAUGUUCAGAAGCAGCACAAAGAAAUCCUUUGCUGCUUCAAACUUCUGACUCCAGCUUUCACCUCUCAAAUCAUAGAAUUUCUCCUGAUGAAAAUGGAGAUCAAUAACAGCCAAGUGCGUUUUGGAACAUUGACUAUCCUGGAUCACCUGAUCAAUAUGGUCCCUCUCUACAUGGCCAGUCAGAAGAAUCAGAUUCUGGCUGGUACCAAGCUGUUGGUGCUGGCUACCAAUAACAGGGUGAAGGCAAAACUUGGCCAGGUAAUAUACACCUUGGCCACACACAAUUACCUGCUUUUGGAUGGCGGGAAGGACAUGUUGGAGUUUAUCAUCCGGCAGUGUGCGCUACCUGCUACCGAAGAAGAGGAGGAGGACUCAGUGGACCCCUGUGCUGAAAUAGCAGACAUAGUCACUGACCAGAGUUUAAGGAGGCAGUGUGAGGAACUGAUGAAGAUGCUGACAGCAUUACCCAUUGACAACAUUCUCUGGCCAUUGCUCUUUGAGUUCAUAAUUCCAGUUCGUUGCAUAAAUGCCUUAGCAAUGAUUUGCAACUCAUUAGUGCUUCUUGCAAAGAAGAAAAUAGAAGCUGAGCCCACGGAGUAUCUUCUCAAUUACAAGGAGCAUUCCAACAUUCCUGGGCCUCUCGCACUGCUGACAAGUCUCCUGACUAUGUCCUCCUCUUUGCAGCAGGGGAAACACAGAUGUGUCCCUGCGUUAACUCUGUUACAAAUCCUGGGCACCGAUAUCCACCCCGCAGCACCUCAAGUCUGGGAGAAGGAAUUUCUGACUCUGCUUGACUAUCUGCAGGAGAAUUCCUCCAAAUGCCUGCAGCAGAGCCAAUGGGAAGAGAAACUGGUGAAGGUUUUGCCUCAAACGCUGGAAUUGAUCGCGGACGAUGCCUGGACCGGUCAGUUUGCCACAGAGUUAGUCGGCCACCUUCACAGACACUGCACUCUCUCGCAGGAGAAGGGCUUUGUGUAUAAGUGCCUAGGCGUGGUGCUGCAAUUCAGCCAGGAUGAGGAGCUAGUGAAGAAGAAGCUACAGGAGAUGCUGCAGACCGUGCAACACGGAGAGUCUCUGGAGAAGGAAGGUGUGGCUGUGGGGAUUGGCCACUGUGCUGUAACCCACCUGGACACCGCACUGUCCACCUUGAAGGAAUUUGCAAAGUUAAACAUUUUCAAGAAAACUGCAAGUUAUUUUCAAAUUAUAAAGGAUCAAGAGAACAUUGACGUAAUCAAGGUAAAAAGCACACUAAUCCUAUGCUACGGGCAUAUCAUGUCAGUUUCUCCAAAAGAACUCACUCUGGACAGAAUAGACGUUGAGAUCAUGGAAAACGUGCUUAACCACUACAAUAUCAAGAUCUUGGGAAUGAAGGUCGAGGUGAGGGACUUGACAUUAAAGUUAAGUCUGAUCAAAACUGUGACACAGUCAGUCACAGCCAUCCAAACCAUUGCAAAGCAUAACUACAGCUUUAACAGAAAGGCUGAACUGUUGCAUUAUAUGCAAGAACUCAUCAAGGCUGAGCCAACAGAGGCUAUGGUGACUCCCAUCCGAAAGUCUGCCAUCAAUGCCUGUACAUCCCUCUUAAAACUGCAGCCCCCUUUAAAGGACAGUAGGCAAUUGAUUCAGACAUGCCUGAAUAGUGUGUUCAGCAUACCACGACUGGAUGCCAAAGCUAUCAAUGAACACCCGAACAUAAGCAUGGAGGAGAGGAAACAACUGUUUACUCAGACAAUGGCCUCCUUGAUGGAUUUUCUGAAGCAGCUCCUCCUUUUGGAUAUAUCGCCUAAUGGGCUUCAGACAAUAUUUAGCAACAUGGAGGCGUGGAUCCAGUCAUCAAAGGUGCGUACCCGGGAAAUGGCAGCCGAGACAUUCUUGCAGCUACUGGUGUUUUACCUGGAACAAUUUGACAUCAAAGAUAAUGUUCCUCCCCAUGAUCUGGGUGUUAUUGUUGGGUGUGUGGUGCUUCGAUGCACAGAUCCAUGUCGUGUUGUAAGGGAGACAGCCAUUGAAUGUUUGUACGUCCUUCUUUAUAUCCAAUUGCGAUCCAAAGGGGUGCCCGCAAAUCAGAAAGACACAGAGGUGGAGCACCUUAAAGUCAUCAAGCAGGAGCUGCAUCAAGACAAUGAGACCUCUGUGUUUCACGUGUGCACUGAUAUUGGGAAGGUCCUCUCAAAGUCCAUGGGUUAUGAUCAGCUGAAAAGUUUACUCUUCACCUUGUUCAAUGGACUCUCAGAUUGCCAGUCCAAUGGUUCCCAUUCCGCCUCCAUCGUCACCAAUGUCCUCAUUUCCAAAUGCGGAGCCAGCCUCACCGAGGUCCCAGAGAUGAUCAAAGCCCUGCACAAUCAGUUGCAGUCAAUGGUUCAAGCGUCCAUAGUCCGGUUGGUGACACACACCAUCUCCAAUCUGGUGUCACAGCAUAUGUCAGUCACACUACCCUGCCUCUUAAGUUAUCCCAUUCCAUUCGACAACCACAUUGGCAAUGUGUGGAGAUCUCUCAUGCAACACAAUUCAGUUGCCACAGCCUCCAUUAAAUACCUACUGGACAACCUAAAGCUGCUGUAUGAAAACAGCAAGGAAUCUCUCCUAGCUAGUGGGUCAAAUACCCAGCCACAUCAGACUCUGGCUGUAAUGUAUGCCCUGCAUGAGGUAAUAUGCUCCCAGGAUUCAGUCGCCAUGAUAGAAGGUCUUUACCCCCAGCUCUUCAGCACCGUCCUGAUUCACCUGAGCUCCAGUGUCCAACCCCGGUUGCCUCGGGACUUCCUUAGAAUUCAUUCAGAUAGAAAAAUGGGGCCAGCCCAGAGGCCAUUUAAUGUUACAGCUUGCUACUAUUCUGUAGAGAUACUCCAAGUGCUGGUCGGGCAGGAAGAGGGGAGCAACGAGGACAUGUCGGACCUUGAAGGUUGGGCUUUGCUCAAGAGGCCGGAGAUGCACCAUCAGGGGGUUGCCCUGCUGGCAGGCACCAUGUCCAAGCGAUCCGCGCCCCACCUCAUCGACAUCGUGGAGCAACUCUCUCCAGUCCUCACCAACAUCCACGAGAGCCAGCGGAUCACGGUGGCUGCCUUCUUUGGGGCUCUACUUGGUCAGGAAGUGGUGUUGGAGCUGCUGCUCAGUGACACACUAGUGAGUAUCCUGCUCCGAUGUCUGCUCGACAGCUCUCCCAUGGUCCAGUGGUUGGCAGUCAAGGGUCUGGGGAACUCUGUGGCCUGGAGCGAAGGUGAAAGAUAUGCCAGCAAGUUGCUGCCGACAAUGCUGUUGGUCAUGGAGCUGAACUCCAAGCAGAACACUAUGCUGACAUUCGAGGCCAUGUCCACCCUGUCAAAGACCUUAGAGAGCCUGCCACCCCACUACACUGAACCAAUCCUGACAGACGUAGCAGUGGGCAUUGAACCUUUGUUUGAGCACCGGCAGGAGAAGGUGAGGGCUGGAGCAUUCACCAUCCUAUGGAAGCUGCUCCAGUUCGAGGACAUGCAGCGGGUCCCAAUCUUCACAGAGCACCUGGGCUCCACCUUGAUCUACCUGCUGCUUCACCUCAAGGACAGGAACGAUGAAGUGAAGAGAGUUUGCAGACUGGUUCUGAAACAACUGGGGCCACUGCUGGCAUCGGAGCGCCUGUGCGUCCUCUUUGAGGAGCUUGGGUCGGAAGAGGAACCCCUGGAUUACGAGAGCUAUUUGAGUGCAGCAUCUCUGUACAUUGGUGAAGACCUGCCCAGCAAGGUCAUCCACUACAUACAGCACUGCGCUUCCUUCUUUGGCAGCCUGCAGACUGAGAUGCGGGAGAAUGCUGUCACGUUGGCAAGUUGCCUCAUGCCCCAUGCACCGCCUGGUUAUCCAAGGUCCCCCGCCGCGAAUCAGGUCUGCCAAGAGAUGAUCACCUUGCUGUCGGAUCACGUGAAAAGCGUCCAGAUUAAAACAAUCAUUGGAAUCCAACGCCUACACAUGUAUUGA